ACAUGUUUGACAAGACCAGGUCGGGGCGCAUCGACGUCUACGGCUUCUCGGCCCUGCUGCGCUUCAUCCAGCAGUGGAAGAACCUUUUCCAGCAGUAUGACAGGGACCAGUUGGGCUGCAUCAGCUUCAACGAGCUCCAGCAAGCUUUCUCCCAGAUGGGCUACAACCUGAGCCCCCAGUUCAGCCAGCUGCUGCUGGCCCGUUAUGCCCCACGCAGCCCCAACCCCAGCAUCCAGCUGGACGUUUUCAUCCAGAUCUGCAUGCAGCUGCAGAGCAGCACCGACGCCUUCCGCGAGCGGGACGCGGCGCGGGCGGGCACGGCCCGGCUCAGCUACGAGGACUUCCUCACCAUGGUGGUGAACC